AUGUCCAAGCUCAUCACUGUCUUCGGUGCCACCGGCAACCAGGGUGGGUCCGUCAUCGAGGCCAUCCUCGCGGAUCCCCAGCUCUCUAAGGAAUUCAAGAUCCGAGGUAUCACCCGUGACACUACUAAGAAGUCUGCCCAGGACCUCGCCAUGCGUGGCGUCGAGGUGGUCAGCGCCGACCUUAGCUCUCUUGAGUCCCUCACUGAGGCUCUGAAGGGCUCCCACACCGUCUUCCUCGUCACCAACUACUGGGAGACCAUGAAUGCCGACAUUGAGUACUCCCAGGGCAAGAAUGUGACCGACGUCUCCAAGGCUGUUGGCGUCUCCCACUUGAUCUUCUCCUCCCUCCACCACGUCAAGGAGGAGACCAAGGGCCGCCUCACCAAGGUUCCCCAUUUUGACAGCAAGGCCAAUGUGGAGAAGUACAUCCGUGCCUCCGGAGUUGGAUGCAGCUUCGUUCUUCCUGGAUACUACAUGAGCAACUACACACAGAUGCUGACCCGCUCGGACGAUGGUUCCUACACACUCUACUACCCCGUUGGUAACAACGCCAAGUUCCCCCUCUUCGAUGCCGCCCAGGAUACCGGCCUUUUUGUCAAGGUCGCCCUCAAGCACGCUGGUGAGCUGAAGAACAAGCAGGUUCUGGCCGCUACUGCGUACUACACCCCUCAGGAGAUCGUGGAUACCUUCUCUCGUGUUACCGGCAAAAAGGCCUCCUUCGUUCAGGUUUCUGCUGAGCAGUACAAGGCUUCCCUUCCCCCUGCUAUCGCAGAUGAAUAUCUCGAGAACCAGCUGUUCGUGGAGGAGCCCGGUUAUUACCUGGGAGAGCCUCUUGAGCCCAGCCUGAAGCUUCUUGAUUCUAAGCCUACCACUUGGGAGGAGUUUGUCAAGAAGAAUGUCUCCGCUUGGAAAUAA